AUGGGAGAUGAUAAUAUUUCUACAUUUAGUGCGGAUGGAGGUCAAGACACUGUGGGUCUCCCUCGAAUUGUGAUGGUAACGGAAGGGUCAGACACUUCGUUAUCCUCACCCUCUUCUACCUCUCCAGACGAUGACAACUGGGCUGACCUCAUUAAGUCCACAGAAAUACCUCCAGAAUACUGGCACAUACAGAAGUUGGUGAAGUACAUGAAAGCUGGCAAUCAGACGGCCACGAUGGUCGCGCUAUCUUGUUUGAAAGACCACGAUCUAACGAUAGAGGUGAACCAAAGAGCAAUUCAAGAAAUUGGUGGUCUGGAACUUCUCGUCAAUUUAUUAGAAACUAGAGAUCUGUGCUGUAUUUUGGGAGGAUUAGCUGUUCUCAGAGAUAUAACGCCGAAUAUAGAAAUCAGAAAGAAGGUCACAGAUUUGGGUGCUAUACCGUUGUUGGUGGGAUUACUGUCAGACCCAGCGAGGGAUGUUCAGAUACUUGCAGCCGAAACAAUAGCUAAUCUGGGGAGGAUAAGAAAGAGCAGAAAAUUUUGUAGGAAAUUUGGUGGCAUUCCGAAAUUAAUUGAUUUGCUUGAUAUUAAGGAAAGGUAUUUAUUGACACCUCGCGAGGAAUUAAAUGCAGAUGAGGAACAAUUUUUGGACAUUGGACGAGCGGGAGCUAAGGCUCUUUGGUCAAUGUCUGCGUCACAAAGAAAUCGCGAGGCAAUGAGAAAGUAUGGUAUGAUUCCACUUAUAGCCAAAAUGAUGAAAACAAUACAUCUGGAUGUUGCAAUUCCAGCGAUAGGAUUACUGCAAAUGUGCGCAAAUGAGACAUCAUUUCAGUUAGCUAUACAGACGGAGAAGAUGGUAGAUGACCUGAUAACGCAUUUAGCUAACCCAGAUAAAGACUUAAAGACCUACUGCAGUUUAGCGAUUUAUAAAUGCGCGAGUGAUUCAAUUACGAGGGACAUGAUUCGCAAUGCUGGAGGAUUAGAGCUUUUAGUAGAAGCCGCAUCGGAUUCUACGAACAGGCCAAAUAAGCCUUUAUUGGCAGCAGUUACUGGUGCUCUGUGGAAAUGUGCUAAUAGUGAUGAAAGUGUCAGAAGACUAGACUAUCUUGGAGCCGUCCCCAUCCUUGUUAAUCUCCUAGACGAUGAAAACGAUGGAGUAUUAACUAACGUGGCUGGCGCCUUGGCUGAAUGUGCAAAGUAUCCACCUAACAGAGAAAAAAUAAAAAGCUCUGGAGGAAUACCAAUGCUAAUUCACCAUCUGAAUAAUACCUACAAACCUCUGUUGGAAAACGUGCCUUUAGUUUUAAUGGAGUGCGCAAAAGAGCCACUGUGUAUGACGGAAAUUGACGAGUUGGACGGUGUCAGACUGAUUUGGUCAUUGCUCAAGAAUGACUCUAAGCGAGUCCAGACAAAUGCCGCUUUAGCAUUGAGCCCUUGUGUGCAAAAUGCUGCUGAUUCUGGCGAAAUGGUCAGAUCUUUCGUAGGUGCUUUGGAACUCACAGUAGACUUAUUAGACUCAGACGAUAAAAAUGUAUUAUCUGCCGUCUGCGCUGCUAUUGCAACAAUAGCCAGAGAUAAUGAGAACCUGGCUGUGAUUUCUGACCAUGGCGUAGUUGCUAAGCUUUCUAAACUUGUAAACACAACGGAUGACCACCUAAGAGCCAAUUUAGGUGUAGCGAUUGCCUACUGCUGCGACUGGGCACAGAAUCGCCAAGAGUUCGGCAAACGAGGCGCUAUCACCCCGCUGGUCAACUAUAUGACGUCACGGGAUCCUGUAGUACAUAGGUCCACUGCUCUUGCCCUCUAUCAUUUGUCGUUCUACUCCGUGAAUUGCGUCACUAUGCAUGCGGCUGGAGUAGUACAAUUUCUUUUAGAAACGAUCGGCUCGAAGGACCCAAUUUUACAAGAAGCAUCAGCUGGUUGUCUGUGUAAUAUUCGAAAACUAGCGCUUGCGACCGAAAAAGUGAAAUUAAAGCAAUAA